UGUAUACACAUACAUACGUAAAUAAUUUUACAUAGCGGAUAGCGCCGUAAGUCGAACAAACUUGAUAUUUGACUUUCGUUUGUUGAAUUUGUUUAUAAGUGCCCUAUAGUUAUUUUAAUCGUCAAUGACAAGAAAUGGCGCAUCCGGGUGUAGUUUUUCUUCUCGGUAUUACUAUAGCCACUGCCUUGUAUUAUAUGUUCACAAGUGGAGAAACAGAAAAUCAGGAACCACAUAAUAAUGGCCACAGAAGUACAAAUACGAAUACUUGCUACGAACCUACCAAUAGGUGGUCCCCUUAUGAUCGCAAUAAUCGUUCCCGUCGUCGGCGUACAGAGGAUUCCACUUGUUCCAUUUGUUUAGAUACAUUAAUACAAGCAAAAAAAUUUCCAUUACAGCCAUGUGGUCAUGUAUUCCAUAAGGAGUGUAUAGACCAAUGGAUGCAAGCAGCGUCGCGAGUAAGUUGUAUAUUAUAUGAAUAUAACAAUGUUACUGUGGAUUUACACAGAUGCAAACAAUGCAACAAACAAAAUAUUCUGUUUCAUUUUUACUAGUGCAUUAUAUUUGAGAUAUUUUACAGCGAUUGUGCCCAAAUUGCAGAGGUCCCGUUUUAUACAAGUGACAAAAUUGAUACGAACAAUGUUUUCAUUAAUUUCACUAUGUUUUUGUUGAGGUUACAAUAUACAUACUAGAAAGUGUAUUUGUACUGUAGUUAAAUUUGUUUUGAACAUCUUUCAUCAGAGUCGAUUGUACUUGAAGUAUGAAAUAAUUGUUUAAACUUGAAAUGUUAAAUGAAAGGACUGCCACUUUCCAUUCUAUGUAAGGUGAAAUUCUUUGUUGCUCUUUGGUUGAGACAAAAUUUUUGAGGAGCAAUCUUGUUGCAUGCCUUAUCUUUUCGACAUAACAUGUUUUAUAGGGUUAUAUGUAUUAUACUAUUGAUUUAACGAACUAUAUACUGUUUUCAAGCUCAUAAGAAAUAACUGUACAGUACGCUGUAUAUUAUAGUUUGGUAUUACUGUAGUGUUUCAAAUAAUGCAGUGCAUAGUAAAGAUUUCGUAAUUUAUAUACAAUUCAUAAAAUUUUUCUUUCACCUUAUAAGCAAUUCGUGUAGGACAAUAUUCAUGGAAUCAUUUUUGCACGCGUAAAUUUAAUAACGUUUUCAGAUAAAAUUUAUAAUGCAUUUCUAAUUAAAGGAAGUGUAACUAUUAUAGCCCUCUGGAAAUACUCAAAUAUGUACAUGUAUGUUUUAUAGAUAAUAAUUUUUUAAUAUUUCAUCCCUUUAUUGUAUUACAUCAAAAGUAAUAAUAGAAAGAAUGUUAUAGUACAAAUUCGUAAAAUAUGGCAAAAUAAAACAUUGAAUAUAUACAGUGGCUUAUGAAAGUACUCAGAUGUUUUCAAAGUAAACAUUUAAAGUUCAAAACUGUUAAGUUGCAAUACGAACAUUAGAUCACUUUUAUUAUAAGCAGUCGCAUAUAAGUGCCAGGUUAAGUUCAAAAAACAUCUGACAAUGUAAAUAAUCUUUACAAACCAUUUCUUCAAAACAUUGUUUGCACAAAUGUUGCAAAAGUAUUUGAAUGAUAAAAUUUUCCAUUAAACAUUGCUUUAGUAGCGAUCGAUAGCACCAAAGAUCAACACAGGAAUUGACAGGAAAUUAAAUAAUUUUCUUACGAGUUUGAACGAAGCGGUAAAAUAACGAACGUAAAGGUUUGAAAUAAUGUAAGGUAUACUGUUACUGACAAAUGAUACACAGUAGGAAAUGACAUACUUUCAAUAUGUGAUAAAUGCUCACAGUGGACCAACAAAAUGAUAAAUCUCAAUUACUCUAUAAAUAUGUUGUGAAUAAUUAAUCAUUCAAAUACUUUUCUACUCUUUGUAUAGUUAAAGUUUCCAAAAAAUGUUUCGUAAGUAUAGUUUAUAUCCAUGGAUAUAUAUAUAUUUUUUUAAUUAAAAACUAAAUAAAAUUUCAAUCAUCGAAACUUAAACAUGUAUAACCUUGACACCUGUGUGUUCCUGACAAUUAUAAUAACUUCGUUGUUUGCGGUACGAAAUAUUUGAUUCAGAAGCAUUCACAUACUUCUGCAAAGUACUGUAUACUCGAUGGAAGAAAUACAGCGAGGUAAUAAUAAUAGCCCAGACAAAAAUUCUAUAUAUUUAUUAAAAGAUACAUUUUGUGAUUUUCAUUCUUUCGUGUAUUGCAAUACCAACCGCUUAAGCAUAGUAUAAAUAAGGUCAAGUAUAAAUAAGUUAUUUACAGUUUAUUCGUUAUGCUAUUACAUAUCAUGCUUACUGUUAAAUGCAUAUUUUUACGAUGCAUUAUUUAUAAUACUAAUUUCCUAUUACCAGGUUGGGUAAUUAUACAGUUUGAAUGAAACUUUAGAUUUUAAUGAUGUGUUGUGUUACAAGUUUUCAAGAAGAAACGAUAUACUGUUUGCGGUGAUAAUAAAUUAAUACAAAAAAAAAAAAGACCGAUGUGUCAUGUAACUGUUUUCAGUUUGUCAUUCACACGAAAUUACAAUAUAAAUACUUUAAGUUUACGAAAUCGGUAAUUUUAAGAAAGUUCAAAUUCUCGAUAAGUGGCUCCUGAUUCACUUAUGCCUUUCAUAAAUUAGCUUUUAAUGAAUGUCAGGGUAGUACUUCGUUUGUAUUAUCGAAAUUUUAUUCAAGUUCAUCUAUUAUAGUACGUAGGAUUAUGACAUCAAAUUAAAAUCACUUUCAAACGAACGACAAAUUUGUAUGGAAGUGCUUCACUUAGCUUCUAAGUAUCAAUCCUUUGCGGACGGACAUUUGUGGCUAUACAAAUCGCAGAGAAUUAAUUGUUAUCUAUUUGUUAAGGAAAUGUCAAGAAUUUUCCGACCAGCGUCCAAAAUGGUAAAAGUUGUCUGAAAUAUUUAAACCCCUGUCCGCAAAGGGUGAAGUGGAAAAUGUGAUGUUUGAACCGAUAAAUCGACAGCUUUCACAGUAGCGUAUGAAAUGUAUUAUCAAAAAUGUAAAUUAGACUAUGCUUUUAUAUGAAAAAAACAA